UCAGGCAUCGCCACAUUAAUAGCUAAAGGUGUCUAUGAUUCUGCCUUCCCUCUCCAUGAUGGGGAUUAUAAGGUCGUAGGUCACUCGGAGAGGAAUGACAGACAGCUGCUGCAUGAUGAGUGGGCCAGAUAUGGAGCCUUCUACAAAUACCAACCUGUGGACCUCAUCAGGAAGUACUUUGGGGAGAAGAUCGGUCUGUACUUCGCCUGGCUGGGGGUCUACACUCAGCUGCUCAUACCAGCCUCUCUGGUUGGGAUUAUCGUCUUCUGCUACGGCUGUUACACUGUGGAUAUGGACGUACCCAGCCUGGAGAUGUGUGAUAAGCAGCAGAACUUCACUAUGUGUCCUCUGUGUGACGGAGUGUGUGACUACUGGCACCUGUCCUCCGCCUGUGGCACCGCCCGAGCAUCACACCUGUUCGACAACCCUGCCACCAUAUUCUUCGCCAUCUUCAUGUCCCUCUGGGUUGCAACGUUCCUGGAGCAGUGGAAGCGACGUCAGAUCAGUUUGAACCACAGCUGGGACCUCACAGGACUAGAGGAAGAGGAGGACCACCCGAGGCCCAAGUAUGAAACCGUCCUGCUCCAGAAGAGACAGAUGAUGAAGAACAAGGAGAAGAAGAAUGAGAAGAAGAAGAAGAAGAAGAAGAUUGAGCCUGUGCAGCGGGAGGAGGACGUGACGGCGGGAAAAGACAGGUGGAGACAGAGGUUACUGUCUGCUAUGAACACUGGGACACCGACAGGUGUGGAGAAUCUGACCUGGAGGGAUCGUCUGCCUGGAUACCUCAUCAACAUCUCCUCCAUCCUCUUUAUGUUUGGGCUGACGUUCUCUGCGGUUUUCGGUGUGAUCGUGUAUCGUAUCGUCGUAUCCGCUCUAAUGGCGAUGUCACCUGACCCGGAGAUCAAGUCUAACGUGCGUGUCACCGUCACGGCAACCGCUGUCAUCAUCAAUCUGGUGGUCAUUCUGAUCCUGGACGAGAUCUACGGAGCUGUGGCCGUCUGGCUCACUGAGCUGGAGAUUCCAAGGACAGAGAGUAACUUUGAGCAGCAUCUGAUUGUGAAGGCUUUCCUACUGAAGUUCAUGAACGCCUACGCCCCCAUCUUCUAUGUGGCUUUCUUCAAGGGACGGUUUGCAGGCCGGCCGGGAGACUACGUCUAUGUCUUUAAUGACUACCGGAUGGAGGAGUGUGCUCCUGGAGGUUGUUUAAUAGAGUUAUGUAUUCAGCUCAGCAUCAUCAUGGUGGGGAAACAACUCAUUCAGAACAACGUCUUUGAGAUCGGCAUCCCUAAGUUGAAGAAGUUGAUCCGAGCAUGGAAGGAUAAGGGGAUUUCAUUGGAGGAAAGAGAGGAGCAGCGUACCAGACCUCCUCAACAGUGGAACCUGGACUACACCCUGGUCCCCUUCGAAGGACUGACCCCCGAGUACAUGGAGAUGAUUAUCCAGUUUGGUUUCGUGUCUCUGUUUGUCGCGUCGUUCCCUCUGGCUCCUCUCUUCGCUCUCCUCAACAACGUGAUCGAGAUCCGCCUCGAUGCCAAGAAGUUUGUCACCGAGCUGCGACGACCGGACGCUGUCCAAGCCAAAGACAUCGGAAUCUGGUACAACAUCCUGAGUGGAAUGGGAAAGUUCUCUGUCAUUAUAAAUGCGUUUGUGAUCUCGUUCACCUCAGACUUCAUUCCCAGGCUGGUGUACCAGUACAUGUACAGUCAGACAGGCACCAUGCACGGCUUCAUAGACCACACCCUGUCUCACUUCAACGUGUCCAGCUUCAGACCCGGCAACGCCCCCACCUCCUCAAACCUCCCGGAGACCAUCGUCUGCAGGUAUAAGGACUACAGAGAGCCUCCGUGGUCAGCUGAAGCCUACCAGUUCUCUAAAACCUACUGGGCCGUUCUAGCUGCCAGACUGGCCUUCGUCAUCCUGUUCCAGAACCUGGUGAUGUUCCUGAGCCUGCUGGUUGCCUGGGUGAUCCCAGACGUCCCCAAGAACAUCAGUGAGCAGCUGAAGAGAGAGAAGACUCUGCUGGUGGACGUGUUCCUCCGGGAGGAGAAGGACAAGUUCCACCUCCUCCAGAGCCUCUUCUCCUCCAAGGACCAGCCCAGCCAGGGUCACCCCGACACGGCCCACUUCCGUACUCUACCCCUAGGCCUCUCUCAGGGCCUAGGCCAGCCCCCGGGCGGAGAGGGAGGGGAAUCCCGGGCGAGAUGCAGGGCUGCCAGUUUCAGCCAGUUCACCAGACAGAUGUCCAUGUCCCCUAGCAACAACGCGGCCCGACAGAUGUCCGUGUCCCCUAGCAACGACGCAGCCCGACACACAGCGGUCUGACACGCUACUGUAGCGAUUCCAUACAAACUUUCUUUAUCCCCACAACAGGGGAAGUUUAGACACUAGUGUGGUAACUACACAGAGUCUGAAUGCUCCUCUGUGACCUCUCACCCCAUGUAGACUUGGCGUUCUCUUUCUGAAGCAGUGUGAUGAUGGAAUGUGCUGAUCAUGGACUUGUUCUUCCUGCCUGAUAAUCUACAUAUUCUUCACCGUUGUGUGUUUAUCUGCAUAAUGAGUGGUGACUGUAUAGUUCCCUUAAGGAAAAACACUGUUUACUGCUCCUUCACCAAUAACCUAAAGACAUGGAGCUGCUGUUUACCCCUCCUUCACCAAUAACCUAAAGACAUGGAGCUGCUGUUUACUGCUCCUUCACCAAUAACCUAAAGACAUGGAGCUGCUGUUUACCCCUCCUUCACCAAUAACCUAAAGACAUGGAGCUGCUGU